AAAUCCUGUGUAUGUUCGUGUUGUGCGGGCUGAGUUUUGCCGAUAGUUCCAUGAAGCUGGAACCACCUGACUUUAUUGCCAAGGAGGAAUACAAGAAGAUAAUAGAUAUGCGUCCACUUGCAGUCGAAUUCACCAAACACUACUAUAGAAAUUUUACAAUGGAUGACUUGAGUUUGAUAAACAAACGACUGCCCAGCCAGCAGGAGCUGCAGUGUUUAGCGGAUAUGAAUCAGCUGAUGAGUGGACUAUCCUCGGGCAACAUUUGGGCCAUAAUGAUGUUCGAUUCAUGGGGCCUAAUGCCAAAGGGUGUUCUGUACGGCAACUCCAUAGACUUGGGCAACUACGACGAGUGCAUCGCGAUCUCCAAGACGAUCAGUGAUAACUACAAGAUAAAGGGCAAGUAUUGCAUUGCCAACUUACCAUUCAAGCUAUUAGGCUUGAGCACACAGACAUCCGUUUGUUUUCCUGCCUCCUGCUCCGCAAAGCAAAUUAACACAUUUCUGGGUAAACUAUUCGAAAAACUUGCCAGCUACGAUAAUACGGAGGAGUUGGUAAGAGAGAUCGGAUGUCGGACGUCCGACCGAGAGCCUAUCGAUGGUCUAACUAUAUUCACAAUUAUUCUAGUCUCACUUUUGCUUGCUGCUGUUCUCUUGGCCAUGUCCUACGAUUAUUUAUGCUGCGAGAAUCAGAAACAAUUACCCGUCUUGGUUAAGAUCUUCUCGGCACGCGCCAAUUCCCGAGCGCUGUUUCGGCUCGUGCAGCCCAAUUCGAAUCCCAAUGUUAUCGAUUGUUUGUAUGGCAUGCGUUGCAUGUCCUUGCUGUGGGUUAUCUAUGGACAUCAAUACCUAUUCGCUUUGCUAUCGCCGAAUAUGAAUAAAUUUCGAAUAAAAUAUUGGAUUGAGAAUCCUUACACCAGUUUGAUUCUACACGCUGCAUUCUCAGUGGAUACAUUUUUCUUCCUUAGUGGCCUUUUGGUGAUAGCGAUUGGGCUGCGUUCCCUCGAGAAAACAAAGGGUAAACUUAACGUUCCACUGAUGUAUCUGCAUCGCUAUUUGCGCCUCACACCCAUCUUAGCUCUGGCUAUACUCAUGUAUAUGACACUGUUGCCCCUGUUUGGAGAUGGUCCGCUCUUUGAUAGCAUUAAAUUUGAUGACUAUAACCAUUGUAAGCGCACCUGGUUCUGGACAUUGCUAUACAUGCAAAACUAUGCAAGCAUAGAUGCUUGCAUUAAUCACAGCUGGUAUUUGGGCGUGGACAUGCAACUAUAUAUUAUAUCUCCAAUAUUCCUCAUCGCCUUGUACAAAUGGGGAAAGAGAGCCGCAGCUGGAAUGAUUGUUUUGAUUCUACUACUUUCCGCCUGCCUCUUUAGCACAAUGAUGAUUAAGAAGUAUCCCAUUCAAGUAGAAAAUGGAGUCACGCCUGACUUGGCUCAACGUAGGCUUUACUAUGCAACACACGUGCAUGCAGCUCCUUGGUUAAUCGGAGCACUCUUCGGAUAUUUCGUGCAUGUGAAUCGCAACAAGUCCUUUCAACUGAAUUGGAUUGCGGUCUGCUUGGGCUGGCUGAUCAGUUUGGGCUUGAUGUUCACCGUGCUGUUUGUACUCUUACCAUAUGUCGAUUUCUUAAAUCCACAUUUAUCGAUGUUGUCGGAGGCAUCCUAUUAUACACUGGCCCGCAUCGCUUGGCCACUCAGCCUGUGCUGGGUGGUGUUUGCCUGCAUGCAUGGCUAUGGGGGAUUGGCCAACAGUUUCCUCUCCUCGCCAUUGUGGCAGCCUCUUACGAAGCUCUCAUACUCUGCGUAUGUCUUUCACAUAUUCAUACAACAAAUAAACGGAAGGCGUAUGCGAACGAACACCUUCUACUCUGAUUAUGAUGUGAUGCUGACAUUCUGGGGUAGUUUCGGUUUUACUUUGCUGCUAUGUUACAUCAUUUACAUUAUUAUGGAGGCACCCUUUGGUGUUCUGGAAGGCUUACUCUUACCUAAUCGCAGGUCUACUCCAAAGCCUGUUGUCUCAAAGGAGCCGCAAAUUCAGACAACAAUGGAAAAAUUUAGGACAGAGCAAGAGUUUGAUACAGCAACAGAUACAAACAAGUCGGCAGGUGUUGAUAAUCAGCAUUAAACAUAUGAAUAUUUAUUCUAAUAUAAGUAUGUCGUUUCCAUCUAUUGAACAUAUAUUUAUUUACAAUUUGUAAACAGGUUGUCAUUGAAUUAGAUUUCAUUCUCAAAGUAUGUGUCCAACAAUGGAUGAACGUUGAUAAUCCAGCUUUGUCUACCUAAACAAUAUCCCCGAUUGUAAUUCUAUAUUAAGGAAAAUACCCAAAUUUUUUAGCGCUUUCCUAUUAAUCGAUUGAACCUAAAUGACUUGAUAAGUGGUCUGAUUAUUUAAUAUGUAAACAAUGAAUGUAUCAUAGAUA